CAGCAGCGUCUGGGCUUCUGUUUGUGUAAGAGGACAUUUAAAUGGCCACACCGUGAAGUCACGGAGCUCCGUAAUAACGCAUCUAUUCAGGCAAACAGCCCCGAAAACAGCGCCUCAGUCUGCACUCGGCAUCGUCUCUACGCUUAAGCCGCUCAGUUUGUCCGCAGAGCUUUAAAAAUGAGCGACGAAGAGGACGUAAUACAGAAAGCCCGAACCAGGUUCGAUGAUCUGUGCCGAGCCCUGAACAUGGACGAAGAGGCGAGUACCGAGGCAUGGAGGAGCUACGAGAGCAUGAGCAGGAACUUUACUCUGGAGGGCAACGAGCUGCACUGGUUGGGGUGUGCUCUGUACGUGGCUUGCAGGUCUUCAGUGCCGACGGUGGGGAAAGGUACGGCUGAGGGGAACUACGUCUCUCUGACCAGGAUCCUCCGCUGCUCAGAAAUGAGUCUGAUCGAGUUCUUCAGCAAGCUGAGGAAGUGGCAGGAUAUGACCAACCUGCCCCAGGACUUUCGUCAGAGUACAGACAGGUUGGAGCGGAACUUCACCGUGUCAGCCGUCAUCUUCAAGAAGUACGUCCCCAUCUUCAAAUCCAUCUUCAAGGCACCAUCAGAGGAGCCGCCUCGGGUUCACCGCAGCCGCAAACAGAGACGCCAUCCAUGCACUGUGAGCGAAGUCUUUAACUUUUGCUGGGUGCUGUUUGUCCACGCUAAAGGGAACUUCCCCAUGAUCAGUGACGACCUGGUGAACUCUUACCACCUGCUGCUGUGUGCCUUCGACCUUGUCCUUACUAACGCGCUAAUGUGCAAUGCCAGGAAAGACCUGCUCAACCCUGACUUUAAAGGUCUUCCUGAGGAUUUCAACAAUAAGGAUUACAGACCGUCUGCAGGUCAUUUCUGUUUCAUCCAGCAGCUGUGUGAGCUGCAUGAUGGCCUGGUGUUAGAGGCUAAAGGAGUCAAAGAGCAUUUUUGGAAACCAUUCAUCCGGAAGCUGUUCCACAAGCGGAUUCUCAGGGGAAAGGAAGACAGUCUGACUGGUUUUCUGGACCCUAUGAAUUUUGGAGACAGUUUCCUGUCGCUCAGUCGCCUCUAUGAGGAACAUGUUCUGGCUACAGGGAGUCUGGAUGAGAGGAUCUUCACUGGAGAAGGGGCGAAUGAGAAUAUCGGGACCCCUGGUCCCUGCCUCUGUGAAGGGAUGGAGAACCAGGACAGCACCACCUACAGACUGAGCACAAACAUCCCUGCCUUGGCUCUGAAGGUCUCCACUCCUCUGACGGGGAGGAGGUACAUCCAGGAGGUCAGACUGUCAUCUCCGCUCUCAUCCGCCAUGAAGAGCUUGGGACGUCUUCACACUCUGCUGUCAGGGACCAAACAUGGGCCGAGUGCUAAGCUGACAGAAACUUUGAGGGGCUGUGCCAGAGACCCCAGCGGUGUUAUCAGCCAGCGCCUGAAGGAGAUGUUUGACAUCUAUUCACAGCAUUAUGAAGACAGUGGAGCUGACAGCAAAGUGAUGGAAAAAGAGUUGGCAGUAAAGUAUUUCCACCUGGCAGAGGCUCUCUACUACAGGAUCCUGGAGUCCAUCAUAGAGAGAGAGAAGAUGAUCCUGGGAGAUACUGACCUGUCCUGUAUUCUUGAGCAAGACAUCUUUCACCGCUCUCUGCUGGCCUGCUGCUUGGAGAUCGUCACUUUCUCCUACAGACCUCCAGGAGACUUCCCCAAUGUGAUCAACAUCUUCCAACUCCCUGCUUAUCAUUUCUAUAAGGUGAUCGAGGUCUUGGUGCGUUCAGAGCAGGGUCUGUUUCGGGAGGUGGUGAAGCACCUGAACCAGGUGGAAGAGCAAGUUCUGGAAAGUCUGGCUUGGACCAGCGACUCCCCACUGUGGCAAAGCCUCCAAUCAGCCAAAGUGCCUUCAUGUCAGGAGGUGAUGCCUCCUCAGUAUCUGGAACAAAAUGAGGAAACCAACACAGGGAGCAUUCCCCUCACACCUGUCAAGUCCGGACCUGAUCUGAGAACCAACAGCAUCGUCAAAGGUGUGUCUCCCUCCCCCACCAGCCUGCAGGACAGGUACAGCUCCCCUCCCACUGGUGGCUUUCGUCGCCGUCUGUUUGUUGACCCAGUGGAAGGUGAGACCAGUGUCACCUCCACCAGCUCCAGCGCUCCACAGACCAGCAUCCCAAAAACGGCUCAGGCGAACAUCGUCACUGCCAUCCCAGCAGGACAGACUGUGUUCACCGUCACCACCAACAAUGGGCAGACGAUGACCAUACCUUUGCAGGGGAUAGCCAAUGAGAGUGGAAGCAUCACUUUGAUCCCUGUACAGAUGGGUGGAGCCACACUGCAGUCACUCUCUGCACAGACUCUGACUGGCACCCUCGCCAUCCAAUCACCCAUCACCAGACCAGCCGCCAAACCAGCUAGCAGCUCGCUUAGGAAAGGCUCUCUGUCUCUGUUCUUCAGGAAGGUGUAUCACAUGGCCAGCGUUCGUCUCAGGGACCUCUGUGCCAAACUGGACAUCUCAUCAGAAUUGAGGAGGAGGAUCUGGACGUGUUUCGAAUAUUCUGUGGUUCACUGCACCAACAUGAUAAAGGACCGUCACAUGGACCAGCUGCUCAUGUGUGCUGUUUAUGUCGUGGCAAAGGUGACCAAAGAAGACAGGUCCUUCCAGAACAUCAUGAAGUGUUACCGUUCUCAGCCUCAGGCCAGCAGCGAUGUAUACAGGAGCGUGUUGAUUUCAGGGAGAAGUCAAGCCUCCGUUACCAGUGACCCGAACAAACAGAGCUCAGCAGCUGAUAGCAGCCAGGAUCCAGCAGGUGGAGAUAUCAGCCCACUUCCUGUCCGCUCCAACAGCACCUUGCCGACACCCAAGUCCGGCAGCACCCUCUCCAUGCCCGCCAGCGCCUCCAACAGAAUCUCCUCCUCUGUGGGUGAGGGUGAGGACGAGCGAGGAGAUCUGAUCCUCUUCUACAACAACGUCUACAUUAAGCACAUGAGAAACUUCGCUCUGAGAUACUCGCCAAGCUCGCCGUCUACAGGGACGGAGACCCCCCCUCUAUGUCCCUACCCCACCUUAAGGACGGGCUCUCCUCGUCGGAUGCUGCUCUCCAGCAAACACUCCAUUUACAUCUCGCCUCACAAGACAAGCUCCUCCCCCUCGCCGACCCCCCGGGAUCGGCUUUCUUACUAUAUCUGCACCAGCCCUCCACAUCGUCUCCAGGAAAUCAACAGCAUGAUCCGGACCGGAGAGACUCCCACCAGGAAGCGCAGCAUUCCCCUAGAUGAGGAGACCUCCCCUAAACGGGUUUGUCCCGACAACCACACAACUCUGCUGCGCCGCCUGCAGGAUAUCGCCAAUGACCGCAGCUCCUCCCACUGACAUUAUCACCAUGGUAACAUGCAGAUAAACCGGUGACCCCUCACUCACGAUCAGCUGCGUUUGGUCUCCAUCAGUGAGAAGAUUGUGAGGACAUGUGGAUUUUUGAGAGCAGCCGUUCUGCUAAAUGUUUUAAGAAAUAUACCGAUUUUUUUUUUUCUCUGAAUCGAUCUGAACAUUCUUGUUUGUGUUCAGUUUCGCAGACUGUUCUGUUUGUUCUAACCAGAAAAUGUUCUCAGAGGCACAAAACAGCAACCUAUUUUAUGUCUUUUAUUGAUUAUUUUAAUCACUGAGUGACUAACACCUCCACCUAGGAACUGCAGAUCUAGUUUUUCUGUAAAAGAAAGCGUCAUAAAUAACCUCGUCCAGCAGAGCUGCUUUGUUCGUUUUGGCCUGGGUUAGCUGUUAGCUUAAAACAUCUUUUUUUUUAAAUUAUUAUUAUUAUUAUUAUGUGAUGAAGCCAUUUGAGCAUUUAGUUGGUUUAUUUUGAGUGAAGAACAGCAGUUUCCAGCCAUAUUUAAUCAAUUUAUUCUGAUAAACAAAGAUCUUUCUAGAUUUCUUUGUAGAUUUAAUUACUUUUUUUGUUUUUGUGUAUUGUUUUCUUAUACAUCUGGUACUAGAUUAUAAACAACAGAAGUAUAAUUGCAUUUUGUUCCAUUUAACUCCAGGUAAAAUGAAAGUAAAACUUGAGAUUUAGUUUCUGCUUGUAUCUGCUUACCAUCACCUCCGCUGUCAGAGAGAGAAACAUGUAAAUAUUCUGUAAAUAAGAAGAAAAGAAAGCUAUUUAAAGGAGGUGAUGUAAAAUAAGUGCCUUCUUUUUUUUUUUUUACACCCUGUAAGUUUUUUGGAGUGUUCAAAAAAAGUUUAAUAAAAUAUUCCAACAGA